AUGAACGAAGAAGAAUUACGCAGUCAGUUAGAGGCGUUACGCCAAGAAAACGUUCGUCUUGCGGCACUUCAGGCACAGCAAAAUCCAACAGCUUCAGUAAAUCGCGUCGCCGUUAAGUUGCCACCUUUUUGGGCCGAAAGACCGAGCUUAUGGUUCUCGCAGGUGGACUCGCAGUUUGCAAUUUCAGGAAUAACAAGUGAGGAAACAAAAUUUAAUUACGUUGUUGCUCAGCUUGAUACGCGUUAUGCAGCUGAAGUAGAGGAUAUUAUUACUAAUCCACCGCCUACUGAAUGCUACAAACAUUUGCGCACAAAACUUGUUGAACGGUUGUUCAUCUCAGAAGAACAACGUGUGCGUCAACUCAUUAACGAAGAAGAACUAGGUGACCGUAAGCCAUCACAGUUCUUACGACAUCUCCGUUCCCUUGCCGGUACUACCACAUUACAGGAUAAUAUUCUACGUCAACUUUGGCUUCGCCGUCUACCAUCACAUGUACAAGCUAUUUUAACAGCACAAUCAGAACUUCCUUUGAAAAAGGUAGCCGAGCUAGCCGACAAAAUUGUUGAAGUACAGCCAGCUCCCUCGCAAUUUGUCCAUGCUGUUGCUUCGACGAACGACAAAAAGGAACUCUAUGUCUUCGCUGCCAUUGAAGUGCUCACGAAACAGGUAAGCGAAUUAUGCGCCAAACACCCACAACAUAUCCGUUCUAGGUCGCGUAGCCGUUCAAACGUGGAACGGACUAAUGGCAAAGGAUGGUGCUGGUAUCAUAGUACUUAUGGAGAAAAAGCCGCCAAGUGUAAGGCUCCCUGCAAGUACCAGGUUUUGAUCGACUCCGGCUCCGACUUAUCUUGUUACCCACGACGGCUACUACGGGAUAGACGACAAGCCACUGAUUACGACCUCAGCGCGGCCAACAACAGUACCAUAAAAACUUUCGGGACGCUCCAUCUCAAUUUGAACUUAGGACUUCGACGCAGUUUCCCAUGGAGGUUUAUUGUCGCCGACGUGAGUAUUCCUAUCAUUGGUUCUGACUUCAUGGCAUAUUACCACUUGCUGCCGGACUGCCGUACCAAACGUCUUAUCGAUGGCCUACAGGCUUGGCUGUAG